UUAAACAAGUGCGGUUAAUAAUUUGCAUUUUCACCCCCUUUAGAAUUAUCUCUUUUGUCACGACGGACUACUUUUUGUGAUAUGUUUCUUCUUCGUGUCUUGCGGAUGCUCUAAUUGUCUUCAGACCUGACUCCAGGAGGACUGAUAUUUCGGAGGAAAACUGCUGAGCUCCGCAAGGAAGUUGCCUCAGGCGGACAGGGAGCCGGAGCAGGAGUCCUGUUUGGCGGCAGGAGACAGAGCCUCUCUCCCCUUCACCCUGCCGGAUCAAUCUGAUUUCCUAAAGGUUCUGCUGAAGAUGUGACUUGUGGAUUACAGGCUGAUCUAGAAUCCUACGCCAUCGCCGCCACGUUUCUACGCUCUCCGUGUCACGCCGUCGAUUCCUGGAAUAUGAUCCGCUCAUGGGGCUCGGCUAGCUCCGCCCUUGGGGUCCCUUACCCCUCCUGUUUUGAGCAAUAGGAAGGUGAUACUUUUUUUAAAUUGACCAACAAAAAAAAACCCUUCGGAAUAUUUACCUAAAAGUCCCGUUUGAGAUCCCUUUGGCUGUAUCUCCAUCAUGGAAAUGCAGUGGAACCCGACCCCCUGUGUCAUCUUCCUGCUCAUGGCUACUUCCUACACGUGGCUCCUUCCUGUCACCCCCACUCAGCGAGUCCCGACAGACCCGCAGGCGGCCCCCGAGUACGCCCACUCUAUCCGACUGGACGGGGACAUCAUCCUCGGAGGAUUAUUUCCGGUGCACUCGCGGGGGGACCGCGGCACGCCCUGCGGGGAGCUGAAGAAGGAGAAGGGCAUCCAUCGAUUGGAGGCCAUGAUGUUCGCCAUAGACCUGAUCAACAAGGACCCCGACCUGCUGCCCAACAUCACGCUGGGGGCCCGCAUCUUGGAUACCUGCUCCCGGGACACGUAUGCUCUGGAGCAGUCCCUGACCUUCGUGCAGGCCUUGAUCGAGAGGGACGGCUCGGACGUGCGCUGCGCUAACGGAGACCCUCCCAUCUUCACCAAGCCGGAUAAAAUCGUAGGAGUCAUAGGAGCCGCGGCCAGCUCCGUGUCCAUCAUGGUGGCCAACAUCCUGCGCCUGUUUAAGAUCCCCCAGGUCAGCUACGCCUCCACGGCCCCAGAGCUGAGCGACAACACCCGCUACGACUUCUUCUCCCGCGUCGUACCGCCCGACUCCUACCAGGCCCAGGCCAUGAUGGACAUCGUCACGGCGAUGGAGUGGAACUACGUGUCCACGCUGGCGUCGGAGGGCAACUACGGAGAGAGCGGCGUGGAGGCCUUCGUGCAGAUCUCCAGAGAAACCGGUGGUGUUUGCAUCGCCCAGUCCUUAAAGAUCCCGAGGGAACCUCGGACAGGCGAGUUUGACAAGAUCAUCAGACGCCUGCUGGAGACGUCCAACGCCCGGGCCGUCAUCAUGUUCGCUAAUGAGGACGACAUACGACGCAUUCUGGACGCCGCUAAAAGGAACAACCAAACGGGUCACUUCCUGUGGGUGGGCUCUGACAGCUGGGGGGCCAAAAUCUCACCUGUGGAGGGCCAGGAGGGAGUGGCCGAGGGAGCCAUCACCAUUCUCCCCAAACGAGCAUCCGUGGACGCGUUUGACCGGUACUUCCGUAGCCGCUCGCUGUCCAACAACAGGAGAAAUGUUUGGUUUGCUGAAUUCUGGGAGGAGAAUUUCAACUGUAAGCUGGGGAUGCACGGUAAACGGCCUGGCAGCCUGAAGAAAUGCACAGCUUUAGAAAAAGUCGGCCGGGACUCCAGCUACGAGCAGGAGGGGAAGGUUCAGUUUGUGAUGGACGCCGUGUACGCCAUGGCUCACGCUCUGCACCGCAUGCACCGGGACCUCUGCUACGGAUACCCCGGCCUGUGCCCGCGCAUGGCCAACAUCGAUGGCAAAGAGCUGCUCGGCUACAUCCGUUCUGUCAACUUCAACGGAAGUGCCGGUACUCCAGUGGUCUUCAACGAGAAUGGAGACGCUCCAGGAAGAUAUGACAUAUUCCAGUACCAGUCCACCAACAAGUCUACUGAGUACAGAGUCAUCGGCUCCUGGACCAAUAGACUACACCUCAAAGUGGAGGCCAUGCGUUGGAAGAGAGGUGACCCCUCGUUGCCCCCCUCUGUGUGCAGCAUCCCAUGCCGUACGGGUGAGAGGAAGAAAGUGGUGAAAGGUGUGCCGUGCUGCUGGCACUGCGAGCGCUGUGAGGGAUAUCACUAUCAGGCUUCAGAGUUCACCUGUGAGCUGUGUCCCUACGAGAUGCGACCUGAUGUCAACCGCACCGGCUGCGUUCCCAUCCCCAUCAUCAAGCUGGAGUGGCACUCCCCCUGGGCCGUCUUCCCCGUCUUCAUCUCCAUGCUGGGCAUCAUCGCCACCUCCUUCGUCAUCGUCACGUUCGUGCGGCACAACGACACGCCCAUCGUACGAGCGUCCGGGCGGGAGAUGAGCUACGUGCUGCUAACGGGAAUCUUCCUGUGCUACGCCAUUACGUUCCUGAUGAUCGCCACGCCCGACGUCGGGGUGUGCUCCCUCAGGAGGAUUUUCUUGGGCUUGGGGAUGUGUUUCAGCUACGCGGCGCUGCUUACCAAGACCAACAGGAUACACCGCAUCUUCGAACAAGGGAAGAAGUCUGUAACGGCCCCCAGGUUAAUCUCUCCCGCCUCCCAGCUCGCCAUCACCUUCUCCCUCAUCUCCGUCCAGCUGCUGGGCGUGUUCGUCUGGUUCGCGGUGGACCCUCCCCACACGGUGGUGGACUACGGCGAGCAGCGGACCCAGGAUCCGUUGUCGGCCCGCGGCGUACUCAAGUGUGACAUCUCGGACCUGUCGCUCAUCUGCUCCCUGGGUUACUCCAUCCUGCUGAUGGUGACGUGCACGGUCUACGCCAUCAAGACGCGAGGCGUGCCCGAAACCUUCAACGAGGCCAAGCCCAUCGGAUUCACCAUGUACACCACCUGCAUCAUCUGGCUGGCGUUCAUACCCAUCUUCUUCGGCACGUCACAGUCCGCAGAGAGGAUGUAUAUCCAAACAACCACCCUGACCAUCUCUCUCAGCCUGUCUGCCUCCGUGUCCCUUGGGAUGCUCUACAUGCCCAAAGUCUACAUCAUCCUCUUCCACCCCGAGCAGAACGUACCCAAACGGAAACGCAGCUUUAAGGCCAUUGUGACAGCUGCCACCAUGACGGGGAAGCUGGGCCAGAAGGGAGGAGACCGGCCCAACGGAGAGGUGAAGACGGAGCUGUGUGAGAGCAUGGAGACCAACAGUGACUUCAUCAACUAAGACGACCUAUGUCAGCUACAGCAAUCAUGCCAUUUGAAAAGGGACCACAGAGGAUGACGGAAAGGGAUUGGACAGGAGAAGGGGGGCGUCUUCCCGAAGGCAGCGCCAAGAAGGAGCCGUGGUUCUUGACCGGAGAACUGGCGGACGGACCGAGCGCCCAAUGGAAUCCAAGCAUGAGACAUUUUGUAUUGUUCCGCAUCACACCACAGAGACGGUGGGACCACAAAAACAGCCAGUCAGUGUGCCUGCUCCCCCCCCCCCCCCCCCCUCCUCCUCCCUCACCCCCGCUGCUCACAGCUCAUUGGUCCUAUCAUGAACUUACCUGUUCUGAAAAAAAAAAGAAAACCAUACCAUAGGACACUGUGGUGAACUAUUAAAACGUACAGAAAAAAAAUGAUAAAACUGAAAAGAAAAAGAAAAAACUCAGACCAUGUAGACAUUAUAUCUAAGGGCAAAUGAGGGGCUAGGAGAGAGAUUUAUCAGAUUCCAUUUUAAAAGAUAUUUAAAAAGAGAAAAUGUAAGAGAAAAUCUACGAGACUCAAACAUGUUUGUUGUUAUUCUCUACUUGUAAGUAUUUUUGUGGUUGUGACGAUUUUUUCAUUCUUGUCUCACCGUUGUCCGAUGGAUCGCCCUUGCAUAAUGAGAUGAGUGUGUUUCCUCCUGCUGUCUUGGCUAACCGGGUUGUAGCCUUGGGUUGUGAACCUGUAAAAUGCCAUGGUUGAAGCAUGCCAGUUUUUUUAUACAAAAAGGAGAUUUAUUUAU